AGCACCCCUUUAUGUUCCCGACACGAACUCAAUCUACUCAUCCGGAUUUCCUAGCCUACAACGCCUAGGCUCUAGGUAUGUCGUACAUUUCUCUCCAACCCUCAAUCCAUGUGUUACGACAGCCCGGUGUGGUAGUUACGAUGCUCACAUGAGUAGCAGCGGAACAUCUUCCACGCUGAUGGCACAUGGCCAACGCCCUAUCUCGCUACCAACGCCAGCAUACACCGCAAGAAGCAUCUACGAACAUAGUCCACCUUUAUCUAGGCUAGGUCAAAAUCAAAGAUCACCAGCGUUCUCUGGACCUGUGCGGCGACACCCGCUGUCACCCACACCAAGUCCAAGUAUUGGCUACCCAAACCCGCUAGCUUCCAUCAGGAUGGAUGCCAAUCCAUACACUACGGGUAAAGGCGUGAUGAACAUCCCGCCCCUUCAACAGGUUAUCUCGCACGGUCAGCUUUUCUACGUGAAUGGUCACGGUUCUUCAACAACAACAAUCGACAAAAUUGACAUCCAAGGAACCAUCGACAAAGGCUUCUUCUUGUCCGAAGGAGAAUGGACCUGCUAUAGACGAAAUUACUUCUCUUGCAUAUGCGCGUUUACUCUCGAGCCUCCUAACAUUCACAACCUUGGAAUCCAAUACAGGCCGAAUGGUUCUGGGACUUUCUAUGAUGUCUUCGAUUUUGCCAUGACCAUUUCCGCGGUGGUAGCUGAGAGUGACGCCCACACUAUCGACCUAGUACAACAUACACCGAAGCGUGACAAGGGACCUAUUUCACGACCUGACAGAGUCAAGCUCAGCCCUAAACAGCCAGCACCAACGCCACACCAUCUUGGAAGUGUGGGAAGCAUCUACACAAACCCACACCGUCUUACUAGCGGCACUUCUGGCAGUAUUUAUGGGGACUACUCUCAACCCCAAGGCUCCCAUCCAACGGAACACACUUUUGAAAGAAUUCAGUUCAAGCAAGCAACAGCCAAUAACGGGAAACGCCGAGCAGCCCAACAAUACUAUCACCUUGUUGUUGAGCUUCAUGCACAUGUUGCGCCUAUAGGGGAUCCCGCAGGACAGGCAAGAGAGUGGUUGAAGAUUGCGCAACGGAAGUCGGCGAAGAUGAUUGUACGCGGACGGUCUCCAGGCCAUUACCAAUCGGAGAGGAGAGGAAGCGCUAGUAGCGGCCCAGGCGGAUCCAGCGGUACUCUUGGAAGUUAUUCUGGCGGACCGGUUCCUGAAUAUGGUCCUGGGCCGUCAAUCAUGGGUUCAGGGUAUGGCGCUGGUGGCUACGACCCUCGAUCGGCGCACCAUUACGGAACGACUCGUCAUCAUGAUAUGCAAAUGGACCAGGUCAUGUCGGCGGAGCAGUGCAAGGCCAUAGAGAACACCAAAGGAUACCAGUAUUACCCUGCUCCGAUCUACGAAGGCGCAGAAAGCAGGGGAGAGAUUGCGAUCUUCCCGCGCAGCGACCAGGACAACAUGAUACCCUCGAUUGCCAGGGUUGAACUUCCAGGGUCAAGACUCAAGAACGAGAGCGAGGGGAGUUUGCCAAGUAUUUGUUACCCAGGGCCUAGUUUCUUUGGAUCCAGUUGCAAUCGAUUUGACGGCAAACCGACCUCGGCUGGGUACUAUCCUGUUCCUCAGCCAACCUGAAAGACCUGGGUAUGUCUCAACAUCCACCACUGGCUCCCUGAUCUUUGAACUCGUCUACCUUUACGAAGCAUAUGGAUUUUAUAAGGAAUGAAACGGGAUUUACGGAAAACACAUUGCAUGCAUGGAUGGCUUGAUUUUCGGCGCAAGGGAACAGAUCUC